GAGUAAUUGAUUCAUUAUAAAUUGAACUCAACUCCUAACCAAAUUGAUUCAUCACUCAGUAUCCAUCGAAUUCCAUUCUUCCCAAAAUGAGGAAACUUUCAGAAAAAAGUUCAGUUGUAUUAUUUUGUGUGUUAUGCAUGAUGCUGCUUCUCCCAUUUUGUUUCUCCAUAACUGCAGCAGCUUGCAUCCAAAAGGAGGGUGAAGCUCUUCUUCAAUUCAAGAAUAGUUUCUAUAAAGAUCCUUCUUAUCCUUUGGCUUCGUGGAAUAAUGGAACUGAUUGCUGUAGUUGGAAAGGAGUGGGUUGCAAUCAAAUUACUGGACAUGUUACUAUCAUUAAUCUUCGACACGAUUAUGAGGUUAACUUCUACUCAUCACGUUUAUAUAGCAAUAAUUCCAUUGAUUCUAGUUUGCUUGAGUUGAAAUACUUAAAUUACUUGGAUUUAAGUGGGAACUACUUCAACAAUAUUCAAAUCCCAAACUUUUUAGGUUCAAUGGUUGAAUUAACAUAUCUUAAUCUUUCUCAAGCAUCCUUUUCCGGAAAAGUUCCCCCUCAAUUGGGAAAUCUAACUAAAUUGAAUGCUCUUGAUUUAUCAUAUAAUUGGGUGGAAGCCAAUGGUGAUGUUGAAUGGAUAUCUCACCUUUCAUCCUUACAGUUCCUUGGCUUGACUUACGUGGACUUCUCAAAAUCUUUGAAUUUGAUGCAAGUACUAAGUUCUCUUCCUAUGUUGUCAUCUUUAAGAUUGAGUAAUUGUAGCCUUCAAAACAUCCAUUUCUCUCUGAGUUUCUUAAAUUAUUCUACAUUUCUCAGCAGAGUUCAACUGUUAGACUUAUCUGACAAUCAGUUAAGUGGUCCAAUUCCUAAGGCUUUUCAAAAUAUGUCUUCCUUGAAUUUAUUAAACCUUUCUGGAAAUAAGUUUACUGCUAUUGAAGGUGGACUCUACAAUUCCUUCAUCGGAAACAAUUGUGGUCUAAAAGAAAUUGAUUUUUCAGCGAACUUUGAUCUUGACGUAGAUUUGUUUGGAACUUAUGAGAAUGAAUCUAUGGAUUGCAUCAAUGGAUAUGAUCUUCAAGUGCUUAAGUUAAGAGGUAUACCUAUGAAAACCAGAAUCCCAAUAGAUUGGUUGGGAAAGUUCAAAAACUUGAAGUGCAUUGAUCUUUCAUACUGUAAGAUUCAUGGUUCAAUUCCAGCUUCACUUGGAAAUUUAUCCAACAUUGAAUAUUUAGAUCUUUCAAACAAUGUUUUAACUGGAGAAAUUCCAGCCUCGUUGGGAAGCUUAUUAUUGAAUUUGAAGGUAUUAGAUCUAUCAAGCAACUCACUCAAAGGUGUUCUUAUAGAAGCUCAUUUUGUGAAUCUUUCAAAGUUGCAUACUUUAUACUUGAGCUACAAUGAGCUUAUUUCAUUGGACAUGAAACCUAAUUGGAUUCCUCCAUUUCAAUUAAAAAAACUCGAUAUAGGCUCAUGUAUUGGUAGUUAUGAAAGUGAGUUCCCUCCAUGGCUUCAGACCCAAAAAGCACUUGAUGAAUUGUGGUUAUCUAACACAAGUCUUUCAAUUAGUUGUUUACCAACAUGGUUCACACCACAAGUCCUCACCACUUUGGAUCUUUCCUACAACCAAAUAGUUGGACCGGUUUUUAUCAGUAUUGCCAAUCAAGUGCCCAAUUUAGAAGCCUUGUAUCUCAAUAAUAACCUUAUAAAUGAUUCUUUACAACCCACAAUUUGCAAAUUGAAGAGUUUGAGCAUUUUGGAUCUUUCUAACAAUAGGCUAUUUGGGAUUGUUCAAGGUUGUUUGUUGACUCCGAAUUUGAAUAUUUUGGAUUUGUCGUCCAACAACUUCUCAGGCACGUUUCCAUAUUCACAUGGAAAUCUUCCUUGGAUUAAUGAACUAUUCUUAAGAAACAAUAAUUUUGAAGGAUCUAUGCCAAUUGUAUUGAAGAGUGCCAAAUAUUUGAAAAUUUUAGAACUGGAAGGUAACAAAUUCUCAGGAAACAUACCUUCAUGGGUAGGGGACAAUCUUCAAAGUUUGCAAGUUCUAAGACUACGAAGUAAUUUGUUCAAUGGUACUAUUCCUGCAAGUCUAUGCAAUCUUCCCGAUUUGCAAAUUUUGGAUCUUGCACAUAACCAAUUGGAUGGAAGUAUCCCACCAAAUCUCAACAAUCUCAAAGGAAUGAUAACAAGAAAAAGCAUGCAAGGAUACACUCGAGUUUGUUGGCGUAGGUUAUGCUUGGAUAAUGAAAAAGAUGUGGUACAAUCUAUCAAAUCAAGCUUCUUCAAUUACACCAGGUUACAACUAUGGUUGUUGGUGAAUAUAGAUCUAUCCAAUAACUCUUUGACGGGUUUCAUUUCAAGUGAGAUAACAAUGCUUAAAGGGUUGAUUGGAUUGAAUUUGUCUCACAACAAUUUAAUGGGGGCAAUUCCUACUACGAUUGGAGAAAUGGAGUCAUUAGAAUCACUCGACCUAUCUUUCAAUCAAUUUUCUGGACCAAUUCCUCAUACCUUAUCAAAUUUAAAUUCGUUAGGAAAAUUGAUAUUGUCCCACAAUAAUCUCUCUGGUCACGUUCCUCGAGAAGGUCAUCUCUCAACAUUUAACGAGGUUUCAAGUUUUGAAGGCAAUCCAUAUCUAUGUGGAGACCCGCUUCCAAUCCAAUGCGCGAGUUUGAAUCCAUUUAAGCCGAUAUUAGAAAAGAUUGACGAUCAAAAUGAAGAUGAGAACUACGAAAAGUGGAUGCUUUACGUUAUGAUAAUUCUUGGAUUUGUAGUUGGAUUUUGGACAGUUAUAGGAAGUUUAAUACUGAAGACAAGGUGGAGACAUGCUUAUUUCAAGUUCGUGGAUGAGGCUGUACUUACAAUGUUCAUCCAACAAUUUGAAAAGCUUAAAGGAAUCGGCAUUUUCAAAUGGUUUAGGUAUAAUGCUACACAAAAAUAUGAACAAGAACAUUAAUCUCCUUUGAUAAGUUUGGAACUAUGCUAAAGCUUCUUAUAAUUAAUGUAUCCACAUAUAAUGAUCAAUGCGAUGAUAUAUUCUACUAUGGGAUAUCCUGAUCGAGAUUUAGGCUGCUCUCUCACCUUGAAGUUAUCCGAAUUCCAAAGAGAUCAUAACUCCAGAUUUGUCUCAUGAAAUAAAAUGUCACCAUUAAUACUGAUAAACACCCAUAGAUAGACGUUGAGUCCAUAUUUAAUUUGUUGGUUGUAUUGUAGUUGAGUGGGUCCUAUGUUGAGUAGAAGUUGAAUAUUUAUUUUGGACUUCUUCAAGGACCAAAUAACAAUAUUAUAUACUUUUAUCACGAGUAAGUCAAUAACAUUUUUAAUUCCAAA